AAGAAAACCUGUUUCCUAUUUAUACUGCCUAUGCCUUUGAUUUUCACAGUUGAGCUGGCCAAAGGAACUGAGACACCGACAAGAGACUUGAGUUUUACGAAAUGAAUUUUCAAGUACCGAGUCCGACCGAUGACACUGAUUAUGGCAUGGCAGAACCCUGCCAAAAGACUAAUGUGAAGCAACUUGCAGCCCAGCUUCUGCCCCCACUCUAUUCAUUGGUUUUCAUCUCUGGUUUUGUGGGCAACGUGCUCGUCAUCCUCAUUCUGAUAAGCUGUAAAAAGCUGAAGAGCAUGACCGAUAUCUACCUGUUCAACCUGGCCAUUUCAGACCUGCUAUUCCUGCUCACACUCCCCUUCUGGGCUCACUAUGCUGCAAAUGAAUGGGUCUUUGGAAACAUAAUGUGUAAGUUAUUGACAGGGCUCUAUCACAUUGGUUAUUUUGGUGGAAUCUUCUUCAUCAUCCUCCUGACCAUUGAUAGGUACUUGGCUGUUGUCCAUGCUGUGUUUGCUCUAAAAGCCAGAACAGUUACCUUUGGGGUGAUGACAAGUGGAGUUACCUGGGUGGUAGCUAUAUUUGCCUCUCUCCCAGGAAUAAUAUUUACCAGAUCUCAAAAAGAGGGGUUUCAUUAUACAUGCAGCCCUCAUUUUCCAAACCGUCAAUAUCAUUUCUGGAAGAAUUUCCAGACAUUAAAAAUGAUUAUUUUGGGCCUGGUCCUGCCCCUGCUUGUCAUGGUCAUCUGCUACUCAGGAAUCCUGCACACUCUGCUUCGCUGUCGGAAUGAGAAGAAGAGGCACAGGGCUAUAAGGCUCAUCUUUGCCAUCAUGAUUGUCUACUUUCUUUUCUGGACUCCCUACAACAUUGUCCUCUUCCUCACUACUUUCCAGAUGUUCUUUGGCCUGAAUAAUUGUGAUAACUCUAAUAGACUGGACCAGGCCAUUCAGGUGACAGAGACUCUAGGGAUGACACACUGCUGCAUCAACCCUGUCAUCUAUGCCUUCGUUUGGGAGAAGUUCCGAAAGUAUCUGUUUGUAUUUUUCCAAAAACACAUUACCAAAUGCUUUUGCAAACACUGUCCAAUCUUCCAGCAAGACAGUCCUGAGCAUGUAAGCUCAGUCUAUACUCGAUCCACUGGGGAGCAGGAAGUCUCUGUUGGCUUAUAACCUGGACUAAGUUGUGCAUGUGACUCAGUUUUUUUCUGCAAAGCCUAGGGGUAGGAAUGGCUCUUUUUCUAAAAAACAUAAUAAGCUACUAUCAUAGAGGAUCUGAGAUCCAUCUAUCUAUUGGAUAUCAAUUCCAGAAAGCUGAAUUAAAAAGUGAGAUAGUAACCGCUUGUCUCCUCUCCACUUACCUUAAGUUACUGGCAGACUCCUCUACUGAAAAAGUUCACAGUAAAAACUCCAUAGAGUACUGCUGAUUCUUGAGUCUGAUUACCUGCUCAAAAAUUACAUUCUGAAGAUGUGUUCUUUUCUAUACAGAGGAAUACUCAGGCUGCAAAUGUGUUUUAUCUUUCUCUGAGAAGAAAAGAUGAUACCAUUAUUAGUUAGAAGAUGGCAUCUUACCCUCCAAGGUAUGGUUAAUGUGUUCCAUAGACUUAUAGGACUAGGUGAGCACACUGUGGCCUAAAGUGCUAGGACACUUCUUAAUGAACAGAGAUUUGAGUUGGAUCAUAUGUCAGUAGAGAAGAGGGAAGCUACACUUGGGGCAGUAUGACUAUAUGGGCCAAGCUUGGUUGGGAGAAGAUUUGUGGCUGCUUGGGGGAGACUAUGCGGAAGGUCAAGGUUAGAGCCAAGAACUCCUGGCAAUGGUAGCAGAAGGCUGAUUCUGUGGUUAAUGAUGCAAGGAAAAUAACAUCAAUAAAGUCAGAGAGAGAGUGGCCUUUACUGAGAACAAGACACCUGUGUUGGGCAUGGGGAAAACCAUGUCUACAAUGUAGGGCACAGAGUCAGCAGAACAUGGGGUAAGUUGGGGGUGGAAGUGAGUAAGAACCCCUAGGCUUCAAGAAGAUUGGAGUAGCCAUUGAGGAGAUAUUAAACACAAAAGAAGAAAGUGGUUUGGCUUACAAGAAAAGAGGGUUUGGCCUAGGUGGUGAGUCACAUUUUAUAGUGUCACACUGAGACCAGACCACAAAGUAGCUUUCAUGAAUGCUCCUGCAUUUAUGUUAUGUUGUGUGUGUUGGAAGUUCAGGAAAGUCGUUGAACUCCAAACUCUGAGUUCAUAUUUGUAUUCAACAAAAGAAUUGGGCAAACCAAACUCAGAAGGAUAAUUAUUAAAUUAUUAUAUUUAUUUAGGGAAGUAUAAAACUAAAGGAAGGGGAAUGUAUAUCCCCAUAAGGUCUGAAAUCCCAUGUGAUUGUCCUGGUAGAAACAUGAGAAGAGAUUUAGGGAGGAAAGGAAAGAAAAGUGCACAGAGUUCCUGCCAUGUGGAAGGUGGGAGCGGGUAAAGAGGAGCCAGGGCUUCUCUCUUCAUCUUGGAGGUUCAGGAGUGAUGAAUGGGUAGCCAAGAGCCCUUGCCCCUGGUAAGGGUCUAUUUAUAAUCUUAUUGUAGUGGGUUUCACCUUCAGGCUAUAGUGAGACAGAGUGAGGGGUGAUUGCUUUGGACUAGGGGCUGGCUGAAAAAGAGGCAAUCCAUGACCUCCACAUAAGUCAGGAAGGGCUCAUGGAAAAACAGGUCUAGGAAGCUCCUUUAGGCCAGAGAUAAGGAGCUGAUCUCUAGUUGAGAGACCAAAUAUAACCAUUUUAAGCAAAAAGGCCCAGGCCUGACUUAGAUAGAGAACUAGCUGGCUAAUGUGCUUACCUUUGCUUCUGUAAACUUUGCUUGCUUGCUCAAUUGCUGCCUUUCCCCCUAAAGUUUCUAAGGAAUCUCCACUUCAAGGACAUUGGAGAAACACACCACAGUGGGGGCUCUGGCCUCUGACUAUCUGCUGAGAUAAGAACCUGAGGAAUCUCCACUUCAAGGACAAUUGAGAUUACUUCAUCUGCCUGAAGUGCUCCUAGCUCCUGUCCCCAACUUUGCCUGCUGAAACCCCAAGCCAAUCAGAACUGUUUAAAUCAGCCCAUCAUGUAUCUAUCCCCUACUUCUUUGCUCAAAUUCCUAUAUGAACCCCUUCCCCCAAAAGAAAGGCGCUCU